AUGGAUUCUUAUUUUAAGAUCUAUUUGGUCACGAUAGCAAUCACUCUUUUGUUCGUGUCUUCUUUGGAAGCUCGCGAAAGUGAUGCUCAGAGUUUUAGACAAAUAUCUGAGUCAAAAAGAGUUGGUCUAAGAUGGGGCCGAAAACAUACUGUUCCGAGCGGUCCAGAUCCUAAACACCAUGGUGGAAUCCCACCAAGUUCUUGGUCAAAAUGGAGCCAAAAACAUACUGUUCCGAGCGGUCCAGAUCCUAAACACCAUGGUGGAACCCCACCAAGUUCUUGGUCAAAAUGGAGCCAAAAACAUACUGUUCCGAGCGGUCCAGAUCCUAAACACCAUGGUGGAACCCCACCAAGUUCUUGGUCAAAAUGGAGCCAAAAACAUACUGUUCCGAGCGGUCCAGAUCCUAAACACCAUGGUGGAACCCCACCAAGUUCUUGGUCAAAAUGGAGCCAAAAACAUAGUGGUCCAAGCGGUCCAGAUCCUAGACACCAUGGUGGACCUCCACCAAGUUCUUGGUCAAAAUGGAGCCAAAAACAUACUAGUCCAAGCGGUCCAGAUCCUGAACACCAUGGUGGACCUCCACCAAGUUCUUGGUCAAAAUGGAGCCAAAAACAUACUGUUCCGAGCGGUCCAGAUCCUAAACACCAUGGUGGAACCCCACCAAGUUCUUGGUCCAAAUGGAGCCAAAAACAUACUGUUCCGAGUGGUCCAGAUCCUAAACACCAUGGUGGAAUCCCACCAAAUUCUUGGUUGAAAUGGAGCCAAAAACAUCCUGUUCCGAGCGGUCCAGACCCUAAACAUCAUCAAUGA